CUGUCAGGAAUCUCCGAUAUUUUUGAACAGUUCAUAGAACCUCUUGCAGGCAUCUUGAAAAAGCUUACAGAUGCAGUUGUAAGCAACAGCAUGGCCCUUAAUAGUAAUAUUUUGGACCUUCUUCCUGAUGAAGGAUUAGGUUUGAAAAAAUCCUUUACAACGCUGUACAACAGUCUCGUUGAUUUAUCCUAUGCUGCAGUCAAUUUCUUUCAAAUUCUUGGAGGUGAAAAAGAAAGAGAUAAUUUCUUUCAAAACUUGAAAGAUGCAACUAGCGGAUUGGAAGAAGUCCUUAAAAAUUUGGGAGGCGAUUUAGAUAUAGGAGGCAAUAUAGGUAAAGGAUUGAAAGACUUCACUGAUGGAGGAGGCAAUGUAGUUAAUGGGCUGAAAGACUUUGGUGAUUCAGGAGGCAAGUUAGCUAAAGGGCUCAGAAAUUUAGGUGAUGGCGGAAUACGUGUAGCUAAAGGGUUACAAGACGUGAAUGAUGGAAGUGGUUUAUUUAAAAAAAUAAAAGACUUCGGUGGUGGAGGAAUCAAAGCACUUAAAGGAUUAAAAGAUUUAAAAAAUUCAGGAGACAGUGCAUCUAAAGGGCUUAAAGACUUGCAGGAUGGUGGAGGCAAUGUAGUUAAAGGGUUGAAAGAUCUAGGUGGUUUUUAAUUAAAAGAAGACUACGAACGAAAAUGGUGCAGGAAUGGUCCCGAUUCUUUUGUUUAUUAAUUAGAACUUUUUUUGUACAAAGUGAUGUUUGCAAUUAAAUUUAUGUCACUUCAAUACUGAACUACGGCAUCAAUAAAAAGCAUUUAAGAAAUUGGCAAAA